AUGGUGUUGUUCCACUUCACUUUGGUCUUAGCUCUGGAUGAAUGGCAGCCGCCUUUCGCCUGCGACGUGGAGAGACUCAAGUUCACUCCACGAAUCCAACGACUCAAUGAGCUCGAGGCUCAGACCAGAGUGAAGCUGAACUUCUUGGACCAAAUCGCAAAGUUCUGGGAUCUCCAAGGAUCCACUUUGAAGAUCCCUCACGUGGAGCGCAGAGUCCUGGACCUCUACCAGCUCAACAAGCUGGUUCAUGAAGAGGGUGGUUUCGAGUUGGUUUGCAGAGAGCGGCGUUGGUCUAAGAUCUCGGUGAAGAUGGGGUUUGCGGCGGGUAAAGCCACCGGGUCUCACCUCCGCACUCACUACGAGAGGAUCCUCUACCCCUACAACCUGUUCCAGAAGGGCUCCAACCUGCCGUCUGGGUCUGCUCAGUCUGGCUCGGCUCAGUCUGGCUCGGCUCAGUCUGGCUCGGCUCAGUCUGGCUCAGCUCAGUCUGGGUCGGCUCAGCUCAGUCUGGGUCUGCUCAGUCUGGCUCGGCUCAGUCUGGCUCGGCUCAGUCUGGGUCGGCUCAGUCUGGGUCUGCUCAGUCUGGCUCGGCUCAGUCUGGGUCGGCUCAGUCUGGGUCUGCUCAGUCUGGCUCGGCUCAGUCUGGCUCGGCUCAGUCUGGGUCGGCUCAGUCUGGCUCGGCUCAGUCUGGCUCGGCUCAGUCUGGGUCGGCUCAGUCUGGCUCGGCUCAGUCUGGCUCGGCUCAGUCUGGCUCGGCUCAGUCUGGGUUGGCUCAGUCUGGCUCGGCUCAGUCUGGGUCGGCUCAGUCUGGGUCGGCUCAGUCUGGGUCGGCUCAGCUCAGUCUGGCUCAGCUCAGUCUGGCUCAGCUCAGUCUGGCUCGGCUCAGUCUGGCUCGGCUCAGUCUGGGUCGGCUCAGUCUGGGUCGGCUCAGCUCAGUCUGGGUCGGCUCAGUCUGGGUCGGCUCAGUCUGGGUCUGCUCAGUCUGGGUCUGCUCAGUCUGGCUCGGCUCAGUCUGGCUCGGCUCAGUCAGGGUCGGCUCAGCUCAGUCUGGCUCAGCUCAGUCUGGCUCAGCUCAGUCUGGCUCAGCUCAGUCUGGCUCAGCUCAGUCUGGCUCAGCUCAGUCUGGCUCAGCUCAGUCUGGCUCGGCUCAGUCUGGCUCGGCUCAGUCUGGCUCGGCUCAGUCUGGGUCGGCUCAGCUCAGUCUGGGUCGGCUCAGUCUGGCUUGGCUCAGACCUAACAUUAAAUCAGUUCCGUCUCUCUCAGCAGGCCAGUUUGACCAAUGACCUGAAGGACCAGGAGUACACGCCACACGACAUCCCUCAGCGUCAGUCGGUGCAGCCGGAGACCUGCACCAUCGCACGCCGAGCCAAGCGGCUCCGGGCCGAGAAAAUCAAAAUUGAACCUGGAGAAAUCUGUGACGCUCGUCCAGCUCUGAGGAUGAGGAGGAUGGGCACGUUUCCAGUCAAACGAGAACAAACUCGAAUGGCAGCGGCCGAGCCCAAGGAGCCCAAGGAGGAGCCAGAGGAGCCUAAAGAGGAGCCUAAAGAGGAGCCAGAGGAGCCAGAGGAGCCUAAAGAGGAGCCUAAAGAGGAGCCAGAGGAGCCCAGUCCAAACACCACAAACAAACCCUCAAAUAAAGUGGACCAGUACAUGUGUCUGGGCUGUGGUCAGGGCAACGCCGAGGACCGGCUGCUUCUGUGCGACGGCUGCGACGACAGCUACCACACCUUCUGCCUCAUCCCUCCACUUCACGACGUGCCCCGCGGAGACUGGAGGUGCCCCAAGUGUCUCGCCCAGGAAUGUGGGAAGCCUCAGGCGGCGUUUGGGUUCGAGCAGGCGAGCCGCAGCUACAACCUCCAGUCCUUUGGAGACAUGGCCGAUUCUUUCAAGUCCGACUACUUCAACAUGCCUGUCCAUAUGGUUCCCACGGAGCUGGUGGAGAAGGAGUUCUGGCGCCUCGUCAGUACCAUCGAGGACGAUGUGACGGUGGAGUACGGCGCAGACAUCGCCUCCAAAGAGUUCGGGAGCGGGUUUCCUGUGAAGAACGGACACUUCCAGACCUCCCCCGAGGACCAGCACUACGUCAGCAGCGGCUGGAACCUGAACAACAUGCCGGUGCUGGACGCCUCGGUUCUGACCCACAUCACGGCCGACAUCUGUGGCAUGAAGCUACCGUGGCUUUACGUGGGCAUGUGCUUCUCCUCCUUCUGCUGGCACAUCGAGGACCACUGGAGCUACUCCAUCAACUACUUACACUGGGGGGAGCCUAAGACGUGGUACGGAGCUCCUGGUUUUGCAGCUGAGCGUCUGGAGUCUGUGAUGAAGAAACUGGCUCCAGAACUGUUCGAGUCUCAGCCCGACCUCCUGCACCAGCUGGUCACCAUCAUGAACCCCAACACACUCAUGAGCCACGGCGUCCCGGUGACUACACAACACACACACACCAUCAUGAACCCCAACACACUCAUGAGCCACGGCGUCCCGGUGACUACACAACACACACACACCAUCAUGAACCCCAACACACUCAUGAGCCACGGCGUCCCGGUGACUACACAACACACACACACCAUCAUGAACCCCAACACACUCAUGAGCCACGGCGUCCCGGUGACUACACAACACACACACACCAUCAUGAACCCCAACACACUCAUGAGCCACGGCGUCCCGCCACGGCGUCCCGGUGACUACACAACACACACACCAUCAUGA